GGGCAGGCCCAUAGCAACCACAAGAAGGUAGCAGCAGAUGGAGAGAGCAGAGAGGAGACCUUGAUUCAGGAAUCAGCUACCAAGGAAGAGUACUACAUGAAGAAGGUUAUGGAGCUGCAGACAGAACUGAAGCAGCUCAGAAAUGUCCUUGCCAACACACAGUCUGAAAACGAACGCCUUAAUUCUGUUGCACAGGAACUGAAAGAGGUCAGUCAGAAUGUAGAAAACCAAAGGGCCCGUCUGCGAGAUGAUAUUAAGGAAUAUAAAUUCAGAGAGGCCCGUUUGCUGCAAGACUACACCGAGCUUGAAGAGGAAAAUAUCUGUCUCCAGAAACAAGUGUCUGUCCUGAAGCAAAACCAGGUGGAGUUUGAAGGCCUAAAACAUGAAAUCAAAAGGCUCGAAGAGGAAACAGAAUUUCUCAACAGCCAGCUAGAAGAUGCCAUACGGCUGAAGGAGAUCUCCGAACGCCAGCUUGAGGAGGCCUUAGAGACACUGAAGACAGAGAGGGAGCAGAAGAACAACCUUCGUAAGGAGCUGUCUCACUACAUGAACAUCAAUGACUCCAUGUACAACAGCCACCUGAACAUCUCUUUGGAUGGACUCAAGUUCAGCGAUGAAGCCACGGAGCCCAAUAAUGAUGAAAUCAUGAAUGGAUUUGAACAAAACUGCCUCAGCAAACUCGGCAGUGGCAAGAAUAGUACAUCAACACCCAAGAAAAAUGAAAGUUUCCCACCAGCCCCAAGUCUGGUUUCCGAUCUUCUGAGUGAAUUAAACAUUUCUGAAAUCCAGAAGCUGAAACAACAGCUGGUACAGAUGGAAAGAGAAAAGGUGAAUUUGUUAACAACGUUGCAGGAAUCUCAGAAGCAGCUGGAAAAUACACGAGGGGCCCUCUCAGAGCAACAUGAGAAAGUGGGCAGACUUACAGAAAACCUGAACGCCAUGAGGAAGCUCCAGGUCAGCAAGGAACGUCAGUCUGCCCUUGACAAUGAGAAGGACCGAGACAGCCAUGAAGAUGGAGACUAUUACGAAGUUGACAUCAAUGGGCCAGAGAUCCUGGAGUGCAAGUACAAAGUGGCUGUGGCAGAGAUUACUGACCUAAAAGAAGAGCUGAAGAAUCUGAAGGCCAAAUACAAAGAAUGUGAGUCAAAGUAUGAGGAAGAGAAGAGCAGAUAUGAGACUGAGAGCCAAGCUGUCACUGAAAAGAUCACUUCGCUAGAAAAAUCCAGUAGGCAUGAUAGAGAACAGGUGGCCAGGCUGGAGAAGGAGCUGAAGAAAGUCAGUGAUGUUGCUGGAGAAACACAGGGCAGCCUCAGUGUGGCCCAAGAUGAACUAGUCACCUUCAGUGAAGAACUGGCCAAUUUAUACCACCAUGUCUGCAUGUGCAACAAUGAAACUCCAAACAGAGUGAUGCUGGAUUACUACAAGGAAGGUAAAGGCGGACGCAAUAGUCCAGAGACCAAGGGAAGAAGGUCUCCCAUUCUUCUUUCGAAAGGGCUGUUAACUAUAGAGCUGGGAAAGGCAGAGAACGCAAGUGGUGACAGCAGCCCAUCUCCAGUGUCAUCUCUGCCAUCUCCUGUAUCAGAUCCUCGUAAGGAACCAAUGAACAUUUAUAACCUGAUCGCUAUAAUCCGGGAUCAGAUCAAGCACCUGCAGGCUGCUGUGGACAGAACAACUGAGUUGUCCAGGCAGCGUGUUGCCACUCAAGAGCUUGGGCCAGUGGUGGACAAAGACAAGGAAGCUCUCAUGGAAGAAAUCCUCAAGCUGAAGUCCCUGCUGAGCACCAAGAGAGAACAGAUAGCGACUCUGAGAACUGUGCUGAAGGCCAACAAACAGACUGCAGAGGUAGCCCUUGCCAACUUAAAAAGCAAGUAUGAAAAUGAGAAAGCUAUGGUUACAGAGACAAUGAUGAAACUGCGAAAUGAGCUGAAGGCUUUGAAGGAAGAUGCUGCUACCUUCUCUUCCCUGAGGGCAAUGUUUGCUACAAGGUAAAGAACA